UAUGAAAUUCAGUGGGAACUCCUUCUCGGGUGCACGUGUAAAGCACUCUACAGUUGUCAUCGGCAUUAGGAAAUAACAUGUGAUGGUGUUUUCCAGGACGAGAGCGUUGAUACUAUUUCAUUACUUUCUUCUCUAAACUCCCAGCUUGGCUUCCUCUCAUAACAAGAACUCGAAGACCGGAAGCAAUUGAUCUUCAAAGCGGGAAUAAAAAGCAAAACCAUAUUCUCCGUCACUAUCUAUAAUUUGUGCAUAUUAGGAAAGAGAGGGAGAUCGACCGCGGAAUCCCAAUUUGAUGCCGCACAAAGUGUGGAGAUGGUGGCACGUUCGAAUGGGGAUGAACGAGCUUCACAGUUCAAGGUAAUGGAACGCCUCACGAAGCUCCUCGUCGUCGUUGCCAUCAUCGUCCUGCCCAACCCUUUGCGCUUGCUUAUACGGUAGCAGAUAAUAGUGGCUACGGUCUCUCAUGUGCCAAGAUCACCGCCACUGUAGCCGCACGUUUUGAGGUGUGCAGGGUUGCGACAUUGCAGUUUGCUUAGAAAUGACGAGGGAUGAAUGCACCUGUCCUGCCGACGUCGCGCUGCAGCAUCAUGGUUCGCCACGACAUGCAGGGCGUGUGAGAACAAGGCGACUUAGUGUCAAUGGCCUCAGUGCCCAAGCGAAGCUGGAAGGUAACGUCGACGGAGGGACCGCCGUGCCUCUCCUCUCCUCCCAAAUUCUUACAUGAUGGGGGAAAAACCUAGAUGGCGCAGUGGUGCUGCUAAGGGGAACCUUGGAGCGAUGGCGGUGUCAUGGAGGUUGGUGUGGGCCGUCAUGCUAAGUGGCUCGCUGCUCUGCUAUGUCAUGGUGUUGAUGGGAUCUGCCUCGUGCAGGUCAAACGUGGGGUUCGAGGGUUCUGAUGCCCGAAAUUUUGCCAACUCCGGGAAACUUUCGACAAAUGGUGCCGAUGGGGUGGAUCUGGCACUGUGGUCUGGGGAUGUUCGAGAUCUUUCCACGGCAUGGAACCGGCUGUGUUAUGGAUCUAAGCCGCCGCAGAGGAUUAAUAUCGCAUUAUUCGUGAAGAAGUGGCCUACUGGUGGUACGCCGGGAGGAUUGGAGCGCCACGCCAUGACGUUGCAUCGGGUGCUUGCGGACCGCGGUCACGUUGUGCAUGUGUUUACGAUGAGGCAGCCGGGUGCAACUACAAGUGACGAGGAUGAGGAAGCUCAGGAGGAGCAACGGCAUCCCAACAUGCACUUACAUUUCGUGAAGCCGAACGCAGGAGGUGGGUUCGAUCACAGCAGAGCGUGGGAGAAGUUCUCUGAGAUAAAUGCUACCCAUCCUUUUGAUAUUGUGCACUCAGAGAGUGUCGCGUUGCCUCACUGGCGGGCGCGCGAAAUUGAGAAGCUUGCCGCAUCGUGGCAUGGAAUAGCCUUCGAGGUCAUUCACAGUGAUAUCGUACAGGACCUGAUUCGCAAGCCUGGAGAGCCUCGUUCUCAAGAGCUAUCGCAGAGUAUGGGCGGGCGCUUGGCACGGGUCGCAGACGAAGUGCGAUUCUUUCCUAGUUACAAGCACCAUGUUGCAACUAGUGACUACGUUGGGGACGUACUGCGCACGAUCUAUGAGCUUCCUCUACAGAAGGUACAUAUUAUUCUCAACGGCGUCAACGAGCAGGAGUUUCGUCCAAACCCCUUUGCAGGAGCUGCGUUCAGGGCGAAGUAUGGGGUCCCGGAGAAUGCGAGUCUGGUGCUUGGAGCUGCUGGACGAUUGGUGCGAGACAAGGGUCAUCCACUCCUAUUUGAGGCAUUCUCUGAAAUCCGGAAGAAGCACAAGGAUGUGUAUUUGUUAGUAGCGGGAUCCGGGCCGUGGGGUGAUCGUUACGAGGAGCUUGCGCCGAAUGCAAAAACCCUUGGGCCUCUGACGCCCUUGCAGCUUGCAGAUUUUUAUAAUGCGGUUGACAUCUUCGUGAAUCCGACCCUUCGAUCUCAAGGGCUGGAUCACACCCUUUUGGAAGCAAUGCAAUGUGGUAAACCACUACUGGCCACCCAUUUUUCAAGUAUCGUUUGGAGUGUCAUAACCGAUCCGACAUUCGGUUACACCUUUUCUCCCAACGUCGAAUCGCUUGUCGCAGCACUCGAGCAGGUUGUCACAGAUGGAAAGGAAAAGUUGUGGGAGAAAGGCCAGACGUGCCUUGCAUACGCCUCCAAAAUGUUCACAGCCAAGAAGAUGGCAUCCGCUUACGAGCGCCUCUUCCUUUGUAUGACAAACGAGACCCAUUGCAUGUAUCCCUUACCCAUCGACGAACAGGAAUGCCGCUCGAGGAAACAUGGAAGACGUGCUCUUUUAUAAUGUCAUCGUCGGAAUUUCGGAGUGUAAAAAUUAAAAUCUCUGUUCUGAGACGUAGCGCGAUUUUUUGAUUUGAUUUACAGUUUCUUUCAUUUUCAUUUUCAUUUUCAAACUAGGAAUUGAUGGCUUAGUCUUGUUAGUAGACUCAGUGUACGGAUUUUACUAGUUUACAUCUCUCGAUGGGUACACUCUGCGACUUUAGUUGCAUCUCAAAUUUUGAAGCAAGGUUUAGACCUGGGGAUUAUUAAGCUGAUUUGCUUUCUGUGCAUUUUGGUGCCUAAAUGAGGUAUACGACAUGAGCAAUUCGGAAAUGAGCAUAUAGAUUUCAGAGUUUUUUGGUACGUAGCGUAAAGAACUAUCCACAUCCGUUGCUCUCCGAUACAUGAAGUACGCUAUAAGGCAGGCAGAGACUAUUCGGACGUUUGGACUGAUCUAAUGGCCCCCGACAGACAGCUCUCCUCUAAGAGACUGCGGAAAGUAAUGGCUAUCUCUGCAGCAUGGAGUCUUCUGGGCGUUUAAUUAAACUUCAGAGAGCAACAAAUGUCAUGAAUAAUGACAAUGUGUAACUAUUUUUACAGUAACCAUUGCAUGUUUAAUUUUCA